UAAGAUGCCUUCAAGGCACUAUCGAAACCCUUCCCGUAGGGCAAGGAUCCCAAAUACUCCUAACCUACGCAUCCCGGAGCUUCUAGUUGAGAUUAAUAGAGUGCAGUGUGAAUUGGAAGAGGCACAAAGAACACUAAGGCUUUUUGAAGGCAAGCCCAUCGAGAUAAGAUCACUAGCACAGGCCGAAUACUAUGAGCAUCUCCUUGAAGAAACACUCACUCGAGUGAGAAAUCGUGAACAAGAAUUAGAAAGAAUUCGGCUCGGAGGCAACAACCCAAGUAAUUUACAGAUGUGUUCUCAUGGACAGAGCUCCAUUGCUGGUGGGUCCCUUGCAAAUGAUGCAGCUCACAAUAUGGAUCGGUUCUUGCAGAGGGGCCAUCCACAAUCGGUUCCUGAAUGUGUACCCACUUCAUCUAUGUACUCUUCUAUGAUGAAUGUUGCUGGAAGAAACAUUGCAGACCAAGUUCAAUCGACCAAUAGGAGCAAUCAAGUCAGAACAAAUGAAGAGUUCGUUCAGUUUGAUGCUACAGCUUCACAGUGGCCUGAAGUUAAAAUGGGAAUUGAAGAUUCUAAUGUUGGAUCGUCGGUCCGCAACUGAAGUGGAUGAGCUCUCCUCCAGAUGUACUUAUGUUAAUUACUCCAAGCUUUUCAUGAUUUUGUCGGAUGAGUCAUGUUAUAGAAAGACCAACAAAUUUUUUCCUUUCUAUCGACAUUAAUUACUUUUAUGAAUCUCCUUUCUAUUGACCUUAAUUACUUUAUUGAGUUGAAUAUGUGUGUGAGUAAAAAAAUAGGUUCCUGGCUCCACCUCCCAACAUUCAUGAUUACACAUAUUGCUAUUGUCUAAUCUAU